AUGUGUGAGCUACAUGAGGUAGACACAUCCGCAACUGGGUUUGACAAGUCAAGAUCAUCUGCAGUUGAGCCACGUCUGCAGUGUUACACACCAUCCCAACCCUCAUCAUCUGUGACACCUUGGCACAAUACACCAUUCCACCUUGACCCGACUGUUGACGGUCUUCAAGCCAUGAAAUAUAUUGACAUCAUCAGCAUAUGCUGGGAUACUACCCUCCUUGCCCUUAUGUGUUUUGAUCUACACAAUGACGGACAUCACCUCAAAGACAACCCUGCAUUCCACCCGCUUACUCUUGUUCAUUACAGUCUUGGAUUGUCAAGACCCACCAGAACCACUCAGGAGGAACGGAGAGCCUAUUUUGAUGUGAGGACAGACCAUGUGGAGAGCAGUGUCUCCCUCUUCUUGCAUCACCCUGGCACAGUCAAUCAGAAGAAGGGUAUUGAGCCCAAGCACUUGCAAGCAUCCUCCUACCUCAACCCUUGCUUUCUCGCACUGCACCCCGAGACCCAUAUUACCAUUGCCAAGAUUGCACAAACAUUCAUCAAGAAGGUUGCUUGUGUCAACGCUGAAGACUUUCGCAACCUGUGCACGCAGCAGUGUUGGCCGUAUGGGGGCUUCAGCAAUGAAUCAAGUACUAUCAACUUCUCUUCCCUUCCCAUCAUCUCCAAACCUACUAGUAGGCCCAGCACCCAGUUCAUGUUCCAAGGUCAUCCUCAUGGACAACUAGCUAACAUUGUCUCCUACGGCACCAAGAAACCUCCUCCAGUCACCUUUCUUCUUGAUAUUGAUGGCACCAGUGACACCUACUGCCUCAUUUCCCUCAUUCACGUCAUUCAGCUUCCACCUUCAGCAGGAGGACAUGCAAAAUCUCGUUCUGGCACUGAGGCCUAUAAACUUGUUGGCAAGCUGAAGUCCGGGCCGUGCUUUGGUGAUGUCAAUCCCCAGUCUCAGGGUAGUAAUCUACGUGUACAUUUUAUACUAGCUCCAUCUUUGUUGGCUCCCUCGGUUUUGUUGUCACCCCCCAAGUCUAGUGAGCCAAACUCCAGUGCACAGGCUUGCCAGUUCACCACCAAUCAACACUCUGUCAUACUGCCCUUCGGUCUUUACGCAGAAGCAACCCUGGAUGAACUAUUGCUACUGGACAGCAUGCACAAUGUCUGCACCGACUUGUUGAAGGACUAUAUGCCAUCUAAAUGGCAGUCAGUUCUCCAAAAGGUUUUUCCAAAUAUGCUGUCUGACUCACUAUUCACUGUCGCUACUUGCUUGAAGAAGAAUGCUGAAGACAACGACAUCAACAACCUUGUGGACUACAUUGACAAGCAGAUUGUUGCUCUUGCCAUCAAGUACAAGAAGAUGUACAACCAUGGCAAGACCUUCCACAACUGCGCAAACUUAACAGACCUGGCAGGAGGGAACACCACAUACACCCAGCUCACCAAAGAUGAGUGCUCUGUCCUUUUUGACAAGGCCAAGGUCCAGGCCAUCAAGAGGGCACCCAUCCUCACUCCUCAGGCACAGUUGGCAGAGAUCUCAUUGAGCUUUUUGUCUGUUGCUUGCGAACUGGAUGCCCUCACUGCCUGCCACAAGGUCCAUGCCCUCGUGGUACUUACACGCAGUUCUCUCAAAUUCCCCAUGGCACCCAAGGUCUACACAGCUACCAGGGCAGUGAAGCAGUACUUCCGGGUGAACUUUUGGUCCAACCUCAACGAGUUUGCCAGCAGGAUGAAAGGCAACAUGAUUGCCAAGAUCUGGUCCAAUUCUACAAUGGAAUAUAUGCGCCACGAAGCCAACAUUGUCUGCCGGUACAAUGUCAAACUCAUUGGCUGGGAGAAUGAGCUAUGGGUCAACCCGAGCUACUUGAAGGGCAGGCUCAUUGCCUUGGAAAAGCUAGCUGACACCAUCACGGACAAGAGGUGUUGGUUUGUGAAGAUCACCCCCGAGGAAGUCGAGGAACAAUGCGCGCAUGUAGAGGGAGCGCUGGCUCCUGCUGCACUGUUUUUACCAUCCAACCAAGCCGUCAAUGUGCCAGCAGACGCAACUUCUCGGUUGGGGACCCAGCCCCCAGAUACAGUUGCCAAGCCCGACAAUGCCACCUCUGAGAUCUCAGCCUUUGGCAGCAUGCCUGCACCUGCCCGCAAGCAACACAAGGACACCAAGUCUGUGCACGCCCCCAAAGCGAAGCGCUCGAAGGCCAAUGCCAGCGACAAGCCUACGAAGCUGAGAAAGCCACAUGCAAAGAAGCAGUCAGAGAUGGUCCCCCCAGAGGCAGAUGCCUAA